CCGUGCCUCUUCGACCCGAUCAAUCCUACCAUACCAUCUUUCGCCGCCUUCUUUGGGUCGGCAGACCUCGUCGGGCAUGGCGGCAGAGCUCCAACCCCUCGAGGCCGCCGCCGCUCCGGCCCCCAGAAAGCGGAAGCCGAAGCACAAGAAGAGCAAGAACCCGAGCAAGAGGGUCAAGCAGAAGGCGUCGCCCAUGGCCACGGCCAAGCCCCGGCAACCUAGUAAGAAGAUGAAGAAGCUCUUCCGGAAGAGGGCCAGGGAGUACCACUCCGACGAGGAGGACGAUGGUGACGUAGAGCGCGAAGAGGAGCCGUCCAGCGGCGACGAGGAGGAUUUCGAUGUUAGAGAUGAUGGGAGCGGAGGCUCAGAGUGUGAUGAUGAGGAGGACGAGCGGGGAGCUCAGCACGGGAUUACCAGGUUCGUGGGGGGUUGCAGGGCUUUCAGGGUUGCCUUUAUGAAGAUUAUGAAGAAACAUCUCCCGGACGAUCCCCUUGGGCCAAUACUAUCUGCACACAAGAAACUCGUAGCGGAGAAGCUUGCAGAAGACGAUGCAGAGCAUAAGAAGAAGGGGGAGACGAAGAAGGAGAAGCAGCUGGCAGCAGAGAAUGGGCAUAUAAAGCCUGCUAAUUUCUUGGAUGCAAAGGAGAAGUUUCUUAUUGGCGUUGCAACAAAAGGAGUUGUGAAGCUAUUCAAUGCGGUCAGCAAGGCACAAAACGCUCAAAUUGGCUUGAAUCCUUCAAAAUCUAAAGAUACAAAGGUGUUGGCAAAACGAAGGAAACAAGCCUUCUUUUCAGAGCUGCAGAAGACAAAUACACAGGUCUCUAAUUCUAGGAAGGAAGAAAAAAGCAACGUGACCGGGUGGGCUCCAUUACGUGACAGUUACAUGCUUACAAGUUCGAAGUUGAAGGACUGGGACAAAAUGGCAGAACCUGCUGCUGUGGUUGGUCAGGAGCAUGAAUCAUCAGAGAGUUCCGAUGAAUAAGAACACGAAGAUAUUGGUUAAAUACACUUUAAUGCUACUAAAUAUGGGAGCCAACGAUAUAUUUUAUUCUUAGAUUCUACCCUCUUAGUCUGGUAUGUGAUCUUUCGUCCUCUUUGCUGUGCCUAAGUGAUCGUCUUGAGUUCCAUCUAUUGGUAAAAAUGAGAGAAUAAGGAAGAGGUGUAGACGUGGCUUUUACUAAUGACCUGAGCAAUGGAAGCCAAAUUUUAGGAUUUCUUAUCUUGUGAUAUUUAAUUUUCAUUUUCCUUGCAAAGAAAUUAAAAAAUUGGAUAUUUUUCUCGCA